UUCCAUAUACUUUUAAAGUUUGUGUCAGUGCAAUGACAGCAACAUAAAACUUGAAAACGUGUUGAGCUUUAGUAUAUCACCAUACCAAAGUUUCGAACACAGUUUAGAAGUGUGUUCCUGAUCUGGCAGCUUUCUUUGAACUAUCCAGUAAGUUUUUUGGCCAUACCACAUCCUGUUCAGCUAGACAACAUUUGAACAUGGUAUGUAGUCGUUGCCUAAAGUGAGGAGAGUUUUACUAAUUUGUAAGGUUAUUACUAAGUGUCUAAACUUCUACUGAAGGUUGAACAGAUAUGGAAGAAAGGGUGCAGACUCUGCCAUUUUUCUUUGGCAACAUCACCCGAGAGGAAGCUGAGGAACACCUGCGACAUGGGGGAGCAGGAGAUGGUCUUUACCUGCUACGCCAGAGCCGUAGUUACCUUGGUGGCUAUGUCCUGUCAGUGUCCUACGGCCGUCAGUACUAUCACUACACCAUAGAGAGAGAGCUUAAUGAGACAUAUGCAAUUGCAGGGGGCAAAUCACACAGAACCCCAAUAGAUGUAAUUGACUUUCACUCACAGGAGUCUGAUGGGCUUAUCUGUUUGCUCAAGAAACCCUUUAACCGGCCACGAGGCAUAGAACCUAAAGUUGGACCCUUUGAAGACCUGAAAGAACAACUCAUCAGGCAGUAUGUCAAACAAACCUGGAACCUGCAGGGCUCAGCCCUGGAACAGGCAAUAAUUAGCCAGAGGCCUCAGCUGGAGAAACUAAUUGCCACAACUGCGCAUGAAAAGAUGCCAUGGUUCCAUGGCAAGAUUGACCGUGAGGACUCAGAGCAGCGUUUGCUUAGGAUCCCACACACUAAUGGCAAAUUUCUAAUAAGAGAGAGGGAAACCAAUGCUAAAGGUGUCUCCUAUGCACUGUGUCUCCUCCAUAAUAACCAAGUCAUGCACUAUCGUAUUGAUAAGGACAAGGCUGGAAAACUCUCCAUUCCUGAUGGCAAAAAGUUUGACACACUUUGGCAGCUAGUGGAGCACUAUUCUUACAAGCCCGACGGCCUGCUCAGAGUGCUCACUGAGUCUUGUCCAAGACCAUCACAUUUUUCAGAGCGAGGUGCCACAGGUGGGAUUCUCUCCAGAAUCAAAUCGUACUCCUUCCCCAAACCUGGCCAAAAAAAGGGUCAUCUUCAAAAUCCUUAUAACAUUGACUCAAACGGCAGAGGUGAUCUUCAAGUCAAUUUCUUUAGUACAGAAGCUAUGCCAAUGGACACACAGGUUUAUGAGAGUCCAUAUGCAGAUCCUGAAGAACUGCGUUCAACUACAGUAAACCGGAGUGACCUGAUACUUGAGGAUGGAGAGUUGGGCUCAGGCAAUUUUGGCACGGUCUUAAAAGGCAUUUACCAGAUGAAGAAGACACAAAAAGUUGUGGCUGUAAAAAUCCUGAAGAAUGACGACAAUAACACAGCAGUAAAGGAGGAGAUGUUUCGAGAGGCCAGCGUCAUGCAGCAACUGGAUAAUCCAUAUAUCGUACGCAUGAUCGGCAUUUGUGAAGCGGAGAACCUUAUGCUGGUCAUGGAGCUUGCUGAGCUGGGGCCACUGCAUAAGUUUCUGCAGAAGAACAAACACAUAUCCGUGAAGAAUAUUGCUGAACUGGUUCAUCAGGUCUCAAUGGGAAUGAAGUAUUUGGAAGAGCACAACUUCGUUCACAGAGAUCUGGCAGCCAGAAACGUUCUUUUAGUUACUCAGCACUAUGCCAAGAUCAGUGACUUUGGACUCUCUAAAGCCUUGACAGAAGAGGAGAAUUAUUACAAGGCUAAAAGUCAUGGUAAAUGGCCUCUGAAAUGGUAUGCACCUGAGUGCAUGAAUUACUUAAAGUUCUCUUCUAAGAGUGACGUGUGGAGCUUUGGAGUCCUGAUGUGGGAGGCUUUUUCAUAUGGACAAAAACCAUACAAGGGCAUGAAGGGAAAUGAAGUCAUUCAAAUGAUUGAGAGCGGAGAGAGGAUGUCUCCCCCACCCGACUGCCCGGCUGAGAUGUAUGACCUUAUGAAGAAAUGCUGGACAUACAAGCCGGAUGAGAGACCAGGAUUUUCUGUAGUUGAACCAAGAUUACGACAUUACUAUUAUGACAUAUCCCAAUGAUGACCUUGACCAGAGCACAUACAAAAAUGAAACAACAUGGUAUUUAAAAUAUUAAUUUAAUGUGAUAUAAGCAUCAUUUUUGACUGUUUGUUGGCUUUCCAUUAAACUUUUUAAACAUUCAUAUUUCCAUUUAGUAAUAAUUAAUUGAACAAAAUUACCUCCUUCAAUAGUAUUUUUGCAUAGGGAAGAGCAGGAUCGAAAGUAACAUGUACCAUGUAACAAGUAACGAUUUUCUCAGAGCCUUGACUACAUUUGCAUUUCAAUCUAUGACAGCACUGAUCAAUUUACAGGUUAUUUAGUGAUGUAACACAUCCUGAAACAUGUUCAGUAUAUAAGUAAAUCGGGUUUAAAUGUCAGGAGUUCCCAUAGGGAUGAAAGUAACUUGUUACUUUUGUCCCACUGCUAAUGUGGCGACUUUCUGUAUGUCAGCAUUUAUCUUAACAUAUCUUAAAGCCAUAUUUUAGCUAUUCCACCUCCACCUAUGAAUUUGUAGUGUUUCAAUCCUAAUGUUUUUAUGCACAUUUUAAAUUAUGCAUAAAAAACAGACGGUAACAUGACUAUACUGUUGCAUUAUGUUAAGAAUUUAUUUUUUUCUGAAACUGAAAUUUUAAAUACACAUAUAAUUUAAGGACAAAAUAUGUUUGCAUUCAAAUAUUAACACACUUAUAUUUAGGUAUAUUUGAUAAUAACAAGUAUAACAUAAAAAUCUAUCUUCUUCUGAUGUGUUACUUUUGACCCACCUGUGUGUUACUUUCGACCCUACUGACAAUUUGAAAGUAACAAUAUACAGCUUAUGUUUAAAGUGAAAUUAUAAGUCGUUCUACAUUUGUACAAAUUCCACCUAACAGCAUUAGUACUCAUCAGAUAAAACAGCAUUGCGCCUUAGACUGAAAGGCAUUCGUCCUCAGCAAAACUUGGUCAGGACUAAAGUCUCACACAUCAGCCAUCGGGCAAAACGGCCUGUCUGAGGCCGUUUUGUCCAAUGCCUUGUUUUGCAAGACCUGAUGCCACUUACUGUAUGCUGAAUUCUGAGGAUGUCCUAAAAUGUACACUGUAUACUUGGUAUUGAUAGACUACACUUGUGAGUUAUUGACCAAGGCAAAUAUACAGUAUGUCUGUCUAAAACAUUAUCUUUUAAAUUUAAGUCAAAAAAAUUGUACUUUCACACCGCUCUCCCCUAAAUUCCAAACAAUGAAUUGAAAGCAUUUCACUUUUAUUUUAAGCAAUAAUUUCUAUGUAAUGCAAAGCUUAUUUUUUAUUAUUCAUUAGACCUAAAUUUGUCAGUAGAAUGCAUGGUACGCAAUAAUAAAAGUGUAUUUUGUUUGCUGUUUUUCAGUGUUUGUAUUUCCUAUUCAUGCAUUCUUAUUAAUACAAAUGUCACAGUAAUAUAAAUUAGCAUAGACCCUUUUACAGCUCAAGUGAUCAAAUAGCCUGCGCACGCAUUUUGGCAACAGAAGUGAUGUUAUUCCCCAUUGGUUCUAACGUGUUAUCACCUCAGAAAGUUUUCCCAGCAUCAAAAUGUCUGGUUGUUGCAUUUGGUUGCACUAAUAUAAUAUACUAAUAUACGUAUAUAUGUAUCUGGCAACUUUAUUUUUGGCCAUCUGCUAACGUCUUCUAUCCACUCCACUUUAGUACACAGAUCUGGUAACUGUGUUGAAUAAGUUGAUAAAGUCAACUUUUUAAAAUAACUUUCUCUGUCUGUGUUGCUUCACUGCUGAUUCUUGCCAUACUUCCGUUGCCUAAAUGCGCGUGCAUACGCUGCCACGUCAUCAUUGUGUACAAACAGUAAAAGGGUCUAUAACUCUAUGGUUUAACUAGAUGCUUCACGAGUUUCAGGCAAUAACCAAUUUGUCAGUCCACACCAGAAUCUAAAAAUGUCUGUCACAAAUCACGGUUACACUUUAUUCUGACUUUAGACAUUUUACUAACUAAGUUAAUCUGCAACACCAUGCCAAAAUAUAAAAUGUAUGGACAAUUGAAAAAAAAAUCAUAUUCACAGCCAGUAUCCCAGUCAGGCGUGUGUGUUGAUGUGAUUUUUCUAUUUGCAUGCUUAGACUGCAUAGCUAAAAGCUUUCAUCUAAAAACUCAUGUGACAUUUCACUAGACGGAAUGUUUACUUUUAACAUUUAUUGUAUAGCAAAUGUUGUCACAUUUAGAACACAAUAUACACACACAAAAUCCAAGAGGCCUUUGUUAUUUCCAGAAUUGCUUAUUGUUUAAUUAGUUGCCACUGUAAACCAAGGUUUACUUUAGUUUUAGAUUACAAGGUUUAUUGCUAGGUUUGUUUGGAUUAAAACAACAUUCAUGUACUGACAACAUUCUCAUACUAUAGAUUUAACUUCCAAUUAUAUAUUUUUCAUGUCUCUGUCACAAUGGUUAAGUCAUAUUUUCAAUUAAAAUAUGGCACCAGUAAUCGUUUUGUUGCAGUUGACAAAAUAGGGUUUAAAAUUACCCAGAGUGUGUGCAGUUGAACUGAAUGACAUAUCAAAAUAUUGAUCCUCCUGUUAAAUUAAAUUAAUACAAUAAUGUAUGUAUAUCUACAAUGUUGUCUAAUAAAGAU